AUGCACUCUAUCUCUUUGGUAGCGAUUUGUGAACCUAAGACUUUGAUUGCAAACAUUGAUAUGAUUCGGAUGAAGGUGGGGAUGGAUUUUUCUAUUGCAAACCUGUGGGGUAGCAUUUGGGUGCUUUAUAAAUCUUUAUUUGAUUGCCAAAUGAUAGGUGAGUCGAAUCAACAUCUCACUUUAAGCCUCCGAUCUCAAUUAUUGGCUGAGGAGAUCUACUUUUCAUUUAUUCAUUCGAAGUGCACCGUCCAGGAGAGGGAAGGUUUAUGGAUCGAGUUGUUGAAUGACAAGCCGGAGGUAAAACCAUGGUUUCUUGUGGGGGACUUUAAUGUUAUCUUAAAUGCAGAGAAAAAAAGGGGUGGCCUACCUUUUAGACAUGCUCAGGGGAUAGAAUUAUCACAGUUUAUGUCAUUGGCGGAAGUUGGGGAUGCUGGGUUCUCUGGGUCUAGGUACACAUGGUGUAACAAUCGGAAGGGUAUUUUAAGAGUUUGGAAGCGGCUAGACAGGCUUUUGCUCAACUCAGCUGCUAUGCUUAUGGAGAGUAAUAUUUUAGUGCAGCACUUGGGGAGAAACCCCUCUGAUCAUGCUCCUCUUUUGAUAUCGGCAUCAACGAGAUUAGAUGACAAGCCACGGCCAUUCAAAUUCCUAAAUAUUUGGACCACAAAACCAGGUUUUAUGGAUGUGAUUAACGAGAGUUGGUCUAUUUCCUCCCCUGGUUCCCCCCUUCAGGUUUUGUCGGCUAAACUGCGACGGGUUAAACAGGCACUAAGACUAUGGUCAAGGGAAUCUGUUGGUGACAUCUUCUUGGCGAUUCGGACAGUAGAACACAGGGUGCUGGAAGCUGAAAUAGAUCAUGAUAACCAUCCGUUAGAAAAGUCGUUGGUGGCUGUACAAGAGGCACGUGCAAGAUUGAAGCAUACUUUGGAAGUAAAUGAAGUAAUUUUUUCAAUGGACGAGGAGAGUGCUGCUGGUCCGGAUGGUUUCACGGGAAAGUUUUUCAUGUCUACUUGGGAGGUGGUCGCUAUGGAUAUUCAAAGGGCUAUUGUCCGUUUCUUUUGUGGCACAAUGUUGCCAAGAAGUGUCUCAGCUACUUCAAUUGUUUUACUACCCAAGAUACAAUGCCCUCAAGAUUUCACUCAAUAUCGCCCAAUAAGUUUAUGCAAUUUUAUCAAUAAGGUCAUUUCCAAGAUUUUAUCUUUCCGAUUGGCAAAGGUUCUUCCUCACAUUAUCUCACCGUAG